AUGGAGGACCAGCUUAGUGCUACAAAGCAUUAAAGCAAUGAGAAAGGAUCAUUAGAGCUAAAGAUAAAUCCAAUAUCCCCAAGUCAUCACAACAAACGCUCAAAUGAAAAUGGCUCAAUAAAUAAGAAAUUGCCUCCUUCAGUUCAGACAAAUCUUUUAAAUUUGGCUAGCUAAAGUAAGAAUUCAGGUUAUAACAGUCCUAUGCUAACUAAAAAUCAUGCUCUUGGCGAUAAACUUGGUAGUAGUAGCCAUGGCAACGGAAAUUUAGAUGAGUCUCGAGUGCAUGCUCCCAUUGAAAGUUUCGUUGACGACGGCCAGUAAAGAUUAGAGAGAACAAAGGUAGAAUUAGAUGAGACUAUCAAGGAUCUAGAUCAUAAACUGAAUAGAGUUCUAGCCAAAUAAGAGUAUGAUUAUCUUAAGGGCUAUAAUAUUUAUGUGAAACGUAAGGAAAAGGAGCUUAGAGAUUUAAUUCAAAAACUAAGUGAUAAGAAUCAGAAUACAACCUUUAAAGAUGAUAAAUUAUCAAAUCUUGAAUAACAGGUUCACAAUCUUAGAGAUGAGCAAAUGAAGAUGGAAAAGCAAAAGUAGGAGUACAGAGAAAAAAUUAAAUUCUGGAAAAAUAAAGCUGAAAUGUUUGAGAGCGAGAAGAACUUCCUCUAUAAAUAGACUAUGGAUACCAAGAAGAAAAACAAGCUACUCAAGGCAGCAAUAGGUAAACUAUAGAAUGAAUUGGAGAAAAUAUCAAUGACUUAGGAGUAAAAGCAAAAAAUUGAAACCGAAAUAUAAAAAAGUCAUUUCUUCCUGACUGAUCUCAUGAAUCUCGCUCAGUCUGAUGGGGAGAUGAAGGCGAAAAAGACCUCUCCUAAUUAGUUGAAUUAAUCUUAGCAAUUAUUAGAGAAUUCUUAGAUUCAAGACAUCAGCACUAUGCAAUUCAGUCUGCUUGACACAUCAAUCAAUUAGGGUCCAAAGAAGCCUAACCACAAGAGAUAUCAAUCAUUAGCCAUUAAUAAUUAAAGUUCAAGAUACGCAAACAUUCCAACAGAGAACAUAAAAUUUGAGAAGUUUAUGGAUUUGCUCUACAAAUCAAAAAUGUCUUAAAGUGAAGUCAAAGAUGAGGUCAAGUCCUAUGUCUAAGCUAUUGAAACAAACUACAACGACACAAUCAAAGAGCUUAAGCUCCAAAAUGAAAGGCUAGUUAGAAAAAUAAAAAAGAUGCAGGGUGAAAAGGUUAACACUGCAGUGGAGAAAAAUGAUUUAGAAGCCUUGUUUGUAGACUGCAUUGAGGAUGUGAGGAAAGACAUAAUGAAGAGAAGACUUAAGAAUGAAAUAGUUCAAAAGAAGAAAGGCUUGAUGCCAUUUGAUAAGAAUGACGAGGAUGCUAGAGAAUUCGAAGAGAGCUUGAUAAAACUGGCAUCUCUAGCUAAAAGUAAAAUCAAGCUAACUGACUUCAGUCAGAAGGAUAGAUUCAAUGUACUCGACUUAUUUGUAAAUAAUGAAAAGACUCUGAUCAAGAUCUACGAAGCAUUGUUCCCACAUAGAGUAUAACAAGCUAAUAAUGCAGUAAAUCAAGUCUUGACAUAGAAGAGUAUCAUAAAUACCAAGCCGCAAACUCAUAACAACAAUCGAAUGGAUAUGAGCAUAACUACUUCUUCAAAGAAUAUGGAUAUGAUGUAAUCAUUAGAUGAUCAUCCCCCAACAACAAGUCAAGACCAAAAUACUUCCUCAAUGUUUGAUAACACUCAUAUGUUCCCAAAGAUACCUCCAAACAAACCUAUGACUGAAAGCAUCAUAUUUAAUUCGAGCAAGUAUUAAAACAUGAGAAUUAACGCUAUGAAGCAGCUAUGA